AUGAUGUUACAUAGUCGAACGCUGCUAUCUCGGCAAAGAGUUCACGAUACAUCAAGCGUUGAUUGUUUUGCGCGACAAUAAUCGGGCGUACGUAUAUAUACAUACGAAGGUGUUUACGGGCAGGCGUCCUAGGGAUUGUCGCCUACGAAAGAUCAUCGCGUAAUCGUGAAGAUGCAAUACCCGCGCGAAUGAGCGGAUCCUUAGGUGAAGAAUUAUAUAACUAUAGCUUUAAUACAUUGUGUCACAAGUUUUGAAUUACGCAAAAGAAAGAGAAAUUGCAAUCAUGGAAUCGUCAGAUAGAAAGAAUGUAUACCUUACGAAAACCGGUGAUAAUUCUUUAAAUUCUGGAAUGAGAGACACUAUGAUUGUUGGUCAGACUAAUAUGGCACCAGAAUGUGGUGCAGAAGGCGUGAUGAAACCCAACAAUGUGUCAAGUGUUUCUACUAAUCAAACCAAGUGGUCCACUGGUCAGGGAAAAAAUUUCAUUAUCAAUGCAGUGCCAGUGAAGAAUGAGAUUGUACAUCUGGAAGAUGGUAAUGCCCAUUGCAAUACUAAAAAAAUGUAUUACUAUGAUAGACAUUAUACUGGUCACGAGGAACCAGAGAGACCAACACGUAGAGGAACAAAGAGAUAUAGGGACAAAGACGCACCGAAACGGGCACUAUCCGCAUUUUUUUACUUUUGCCAAGAAUUACGUGGCAAGAUGAGAGAAUUGCAUCCCGAAAUGGGAGUAGGUGACAUCGCGAAGGAACUAGGAAAAUUGUGGAUGAGCACAGAUUUGCAAACAAAAUCCAAAUACAUGGCUAUUGCAGAAGAGGAUAGAGCCAGAUAUGAAAGAGAAAUAAUCGCAUAUAACAAGAGAGUGAAAAAUUAUGAUCCAGAAGAAGUUGGAACUGUAUAAGUUGUACAAUGAAUACACGCGGGACAGACGAAGAUGGACUAUUCUCAUUUGAGCACCCGAGCGCAGCUAGACAAGAAUACAGGACGAUAUUAUUACUAACGUAGUAUUACUGACUGUUGUAUAUAUUAUGUACACUGUUGAUAAUGUCCGGAAAAGAGAGAAAUUGAUUUGCAAAAAUUCGAAUGUAUACUUAUGAUGAUAAAAAAACCAGCCAGAUUCAGAGAAGACAAAAAUUCCAUUUUAUAAUGAAUUUCUCCAUUACAUGCAGACGCUAUAUCAUAUACAUGACUAACGUGUGCUAAUAUAUAUAAAUGUACCGAUGAUAUAUAAUACAAUACGAACCUCGGUUAUCUGAACGCUUAUAUAACCUGUUGGCUAUUUGAAUAAUCAAACAUUCGGUCAAUCGGCAUUCGGAUAAUCCAAGUUUUGCUGUAUAAGUUUUAGCGAUAGAAUAAUGGUAAUUCAAGUAACAAUAACCGCUCUAUACUAUUAUGGUACAUUAAUAUUAAACAAUAAUAACGAUACUGAUAAUGUUAGAACGUAAUAAAAGCAUAUAUAUUGCACCAUGCACCUAUAUUGCAUUAUAAAGUUACAAUAGACUGUUUCCUUAAGAUACAAGAGAUAAAAGAAUUGGUGGCGAUGAUAAAGAAAAGCAACAUAAAUCUAUUACAUGACAAAACUAUAUACAAUUUAUAGAAAAUAUACUGCUAAAGAUUGCAUUAAAGAUAAUUUUACUGCCUCGCAAUAGUGUUGAUUUAAUACAAUAAAUGUAUACAAUAAAUUAUAUAAUUUCAAGAUAUAUACAGUGGGUAAAAAAAAAUAUGCGGUGGAUUAGUUGAAUUAUCAUAACUGCUUUUGAAUGUAUAAUUAUUUAUUAAUUCAGACAGAGGAUAACAAUGAAACACAAUAUUAAAAAAGCUAAAAGUAGAGAAUGGGGGCCAAGUGAGGAUAUCUAGGUAAAUAUGAGCUGUCAUAUUGAUAUUUGAUUAAACUGUAAUCAAACUUUGAUUGAGAAAGAACUGAAGAAAGAUCGAAAUCAGUUGUGUGUUUUAAGAAACUAGCUAUUCUAUCAUAUAAACAGGAUUUAUGUAUGUAUGUGUGCGUGCAUUGGCCUAAAUAUCUUCACUAUUAAUCAUAUAUAA